AUGGGCAAAGGAUUCUCCAAAGAUGAUGGCUUUUUGCGUCACGGCGAUUUCAACAUCUCUUUCGGUAUUAUGCUCAUUGCAGUACUUUUGUAUACGACCGCUACUUUGACUUGGAGUCCUACUUCACUCUUUGAACUUUCAGCCGUCAUUGAUGUUUCAAGAGCAUCAUUUGUUUUUCGGAAAUCUCAUUUAAGGAUCUCGAUUAUGACCGUAGCUAGUACUAUUGUACUAAAAUUGAUGACAUCCAGCUUUGUCACUCUUCUGACACCAACACCCAUGAUGCUAAGCCAUCAUGUGUCAGGCCAACAAAUUGAUUUAAGUACAGCAGAGUUUGGAAAAAUGUUACACGAUGAGAUAGGCUGGGAUGAUGAAGAAGGCCCCAAUCCUAAGGUCAGGACACUAUCUGGAUAUAUAACUGUAUCUAGUGGUAUGUCAGCGGCUUUCACUCACAUCGGAUAUCCCCGUGAUUUCACGCUCAACCGAGCGACGUAUUCGAUCCCUACUGGGGGAAUUCUGGCCGCUGGACCAAUGCGCUCAGUAAAUCACGAUCUACGUAAGGAUGGACACUUGGUCGGAGAUGACACUGCAGUUGAAAUGAAAAAACUUUAUUGUGUCGAUGGAAUAGCAGAUGACACUGUCUUUAGCACUUCAAUCAACUAUACAACUUAUCAAAUGGGAUUACGCGGAGGGGUCUCAUGUAAAGCUAUAGGUUCAUCUGGUUUAGCAAGUUCUUGUGCUAGCAUUCAACUAAAUCUGUUCAAACAUUGGAAGUCACCUUUGCCUCGUAAUCAAAGUUUCUCUGAUUGGGUUUGGAGCGGAGCUUGCCCGAAUGGAACACAAAUUGAUGUGCCUACGACUACCUCCCGGUACAUCCCGGGACUGAGAAACAAGACAACAGAGAUUAUGGGCCAAGCUUUUGCUCAUGUUUGCUUCGAUCAAGAUUUGACCGGUGCUAAAUCAACUGGAAAUCAUGUAUGUUCUUCAGUUCUCAUUUUGGCUGGAAACGGAUCAUAUUACGGUUUCUUGAGGCCGACUGUGUGUGAAAUCCAACCGACGAUUGGCACUUAUCAAGUUUUGUACAAUUACUCAAGUGUUACGAUUAACCAAACUAGUUUCAAUGCAACCCAUAAGAUGUCAGAAAAUACUCAGGUUCUUUCAAAGUACCUUGCCAUGUUGACAAAGGCAAUAGUUUCUAGCUCUCAAACUAUGUGGGCAAAUACCUUUGCCGAUGAUAUCUCUUCAGUGUCUGACAAUGCUCCUGAGGGGCCUGAGGAAGACAAAUUGGACACGAUUCUGGAUGAUUACUUCAACGGUGUGAUAGAAUUUGCGACAACAGUGAGUCAUAUUCCAUCCAAGAUGGCCUGGCGGGACGUGUUCUUAAAGGCUCUCAAGUCCAAGAACAACAUAUUGAUUGUCAAUGUACCUCAAAAGUUUUUUCGAGCCCACUUUUCUACAGACAAUCGUGCACCAGAUCGAAACCACUUACCAAACAACAUCUCACGCGAAUUUAAUGGUACUUGGAUAAUCUCAACAAUGGGAUGGGAUGCAAAAAGCCGUAUCUUCGGACCUACCUUUCUUUCAAUGGUUCCUAUCAUUCUGGUUCCAUUUUUUUUGAUCUGUGCUGUCUUAGUUGGAUCUUAUAAAAGGUUAAUCUCAUUACCUCUUCAUUUGAAUGAACCUAUUCAAUUUGAUCCAAAUGAUAUGACACAGAUCAUUCGCGUUGCUUGUGCUGGUAAUCUUUCUGAAAAGUUUUCUCAAAUGUCUGUCAAUCAAGUGGGAAAAAGUUGUACAGAGAAAGAUUAUGAUAAAGUUUGUGUUCAGUUAAACUAUGAUGAUGAUGCUCAUGGUAAAUUGAUAUGGAUGGAACCUCAAAGAGUUUGA